AUGAGUAGCUCUAAAUGGGCGGCGCUCGCAUUGUUGUUUUUCUUGAGCUGUUUCAGCGUUGGCGUUAUUGGUAGGGUGUUGUCGAGUGUGGACGAGGAGAACCAAUUGUGGUUGGCUAAGGGAGGAGGCUUAGGUUUUGGUGGAGGUGCUGGAGGCGGUGGUGGGUUUGGGAAGGGUGGAGGGUUUGGUGGAGGAAUUGGCAAAGGAGGAGGUUUUGGUGGAGGUAUUGGAAAGGGAGGAGGGUUUGGCGGUGGGAUAGGGAAUGGUGGAGGGCAUAGUGGUGGAAUUGGCAAGGGAGGAGGCCUUGGUGGUGGGAUUGGGAAUGGUGGAGGGCAUAGCGGAGGAGUUGGCCAAGGUGGAGGGCUUGGAGGUGGGAUAGGAAAUGGUGGAGGGCAUAGUGGUGGAAUUGGUCAUGGAGGAGGGCUCGGCGGUGGGAUAGGGAGUGGUGGAGGGCAUAGUGGUGGAAUUGGUAGUGGAGGAGGGCUUGGAGGUGGGAUAGGGAAUGGUGGAGGGCACAGUGGUGGAAUUGGGCACAGUGGUGGAAUUGGCAAUGGAGGAGGACUUGGCGGUGGUAUAGGCAAUGGUGGAGGACAUAGUGGUGGAAUUGGUGACAAGAAAGAAGAGAAAGCCAUGACACUGAAGGAUGUUGACACAGAUAGUAAUAGCUCUUGUGCUAAUGAGAAUGAUGAUAUAGCUUUAAUGAAUCAACAAUUUCAAAUCUUCCUAAAGCAAAAAAGAGGCACCAUUAAGAAAGGAAGAAGGGUAAAUAAGGAAGCCAAGAUAUUUAUGGUCUAA